AGAUUGGAUCAAGAUUGGUGUAAGAAAAUCUUUAAAAUUGAGUCAAGGUUGGCGAGCGGAUGUUACAUGACAUAUUCAAUGACAAGUGACAAUCUGCCCAUAUUUCAUUAAAAAAUUAUAUAAAAUGUAACUAUAUUGUGGAAUAUCUUGAUCCGCCCACAAUGGCAAAACUUCACAAGUAUCAACAACACUAACACUCCAACAAUGGCGUUUCCUAAUGCAGUAGAUUCCACCCAAGAAUUUCUGGAUGCUCAAACCCAUGUUUGGAAUCUCACUUUCAACUACAUAAAUUCCAUGUCUCUAAAGUCCGCUCUUCUAUUAGGCAUACCCGAUAUCAUUCACAAACACGGCAAGCCUAUCACACUUUCUCAGCUGGCCGACGCCCUCUCCAUCAACAAUGCCAAAUCCCACGGCCUCUACCGCCUCAUGCGAUUUCUAGUCCAUUCCAGAAUCUUCGACAAGGUGAACAUCUCCGACGACGAGGAAGAGGCUUACUCGCUCACUACGACUUCGCGUCUCUUGCUGAGAGACGAGCCCUUGAGCUUCGCCCCUUUUGCGCUCGCUAUGACUGAUCCCAUCAUUGUGGAUCCGUUCCAUAAUGUGAUGGAAUGGUUCAAAGAUGAAAGCCCAUCUCCAUUCGUCACGAGAAAUGGGAUGAAUUUCUGGGAAAAUGCAAACAAGGAUAAGAAUUUUAAUCAAGUGUUCAAUAAGGGAAUGGCUAGCGAUGCAAGGUUUGUGGGAAGCAUUCUUGUUGACAAAUGCAAGCAUGUUUUUGAGGGUCUGAAAACAGUAGUGGAUGUGGGCGGCGGUACCGGCACGGUGGCGAAGAUCGUUGCAGACGCCUUUUCCGGCUUGAAAUGCGUCGUGCUCGAGCUCCCCCACGUCGUUGCCGGACUUGAGGGAUCUGAGAAUCUGAGCUUUGUUAGUGGAGACAUGUUUGACUCCAUUCCUUCUGCUGAUGCAGUUUUUCUCAAGUGGAUAUUUCACGACUGGGGCGAUGAAGAUUCUAUUAAGAUUCUGGAAAAAUGUAAAGAAGCAAUACUUCCAAGCAAAGAAAAUGGUGGGAAAGUGAUAAUUGUGGAAAUGGUUGUGGAUUGUGAGAAACAAGAAGAUGAUACCAUUGAAACUCAGCUCUCUAUGGAUAUGCUAAUGAUGACUGUGGUUACUGGAAAGCAGAGAACUGAGAAAGAGUGGGCAAAGCUCUUUUCUGCUGCUGGCUUUCAAAAUUAUAAAAUCACUCCUAUUUUAGGAUUGAGGUCAGUAAUCGAAGUAUUUCCGUAAUAUUUGUAUCGUGUGUGAAAUGAUAUUUAAUUUUGCAUUCUACGAUAUUGGCAUGUUGUUUAGUAGGCGAUACAGUCCCAACUCGUUAAUGUGGUGAUGUCGUCUGGACUUUUUAAUGUGAAAUUAUAAGCUAAUUAAGGUGACUUUUGAUUA